AUAAAUUUUCUUUAUAAUCAUUUUAAAUUUUAUUGCAAAUAUAUUUUGUUGUAUCUUUUGCAAAUAUGAAUCCUAGUAGACUUAAAAAACCAAAUGUCAAUGACAAAGGAAAAAAAUCAAAUCCAACUGUUAGGUUUGCAGAUAAAAAAUAUAGACCUGGACCUGAUGGUGAUGGACUUACUCAGCCAGCAAGAAAAAAAAUUGAUGAUGAUCUCAAUGCUUGGUUAAAGUCAAAAAAAUUACUGAAACCAGAUGAACAAUUGGAACUGAAUGAGGCAGAAUUAGCCGAGGAAAUAACGAAAGAGAUAUCAACCGCAAAUGAAAAUGUACUCCAUAAUCUUGUGAUCUACAACUUCAGUGCUAAAGGUUUUACUCUUCUUCCAUUACCUAGUAAUACAAUUGAAUUACUGUCCUUAGAGGGCAAAGCUUUAAACAUUGACUCUGAGGAAGGACGUCGACAAAUAGAAGAGGGUGAUGUUGGAUAUCCAUUACCACCACCCAAAUACACAUUGGAAUAUGAGGACAAAAGAGAUGAAAAACGAGAUAGAAAAAAGAAAAUGAAAAAGGCAGAAUGGCAGGAAGAUGAGGGCGGAGAAGAAGAGUUUGAUGAAGGUGAAGAAGAAGAAGAAGAAGAAGCGGUUGAAGAAGUCGAAAUGGAAGUACCUGGCGAAGUUCCAGUUGAAGAAGAUGAAGGUGAAGCGAAUGAAGAAGAAGAAGAAGAGGAAGGUGGUGAUGCUGAUGUUGCGUUGCCAUCAAUACCGCAGCCGAAAAAAAGAAAACUAAUAAACCAGUUUAAUUUCUGUGAAAGAGCCGCGUUAACAUAUGUUUAUCCAAGAAGAAAUAUCGACACAGCAACUGUACCACCGCCUAGAACAGACUAUGGCGCAACAGUGCAUCAAUCUUGGAUAUACGAUGCAUAUAACAAAGAUUUUGCACUUCACAAAGACAAAAAGGAAGAGAAAAAGCAUAAACCAAUAAAAGGAAGAGGCGCGAGAGUAAAUUUAGGCGCGGAACUUGAGGCAAAAUAUCUUUUUUGUUGGAAUGUUAUCGAUAGAAUGAUUAAUCAAAAUGCAGCGCUUGAUAUAGCGAUUGAUUAUCGUUUCUAUGAUGAUCCCGCUGAUGAAUAUCGUCCAGAGGGUACAUUAUUAGAUUUAUGGACGUUCUCAUAUGAUCCAACCAGAAAAUUGACUGUCACUGAAAUUAUGUUUAGUCCAAAACAUUAUGAUCUCUUUGCCGUAUGUUAUGGCACGUUUGAAUUUUUAAAACAAGUGAAAGAUGGUGGUAUUUGUUUAUUUACUGUUAAAAAUCCUUCCUAUCCGGAUUACAUUAUAAAAACUAAAAUCGGUGUAAUGUGUUGUGAUCUACACGCAAAAUAUCCUUUCUUGCUAGCAAUUGGUCUCUAUGAUGGUAACAUAAAAAUAUUCAAUUUAAAACUCGCUAAUUAUACAAAACCGGUAUUUGAGUCCAAAGGCAUACAUAAUAAACAUCUUAGUACGAUCUGGCAGCUAAGAUGGGGUCCUGAUAUGAUGGAUGGUGAAAUAAAUUUGUAUACUGUGUCCUCCGAUGGACAUGUAUUUAAUUGGAUUCUAAUGCAGAACACACUAACAAAUUCAAAUAUAAUAAGAAUGUUUUUUGCAAACGGUACAGUUCCUGGACCUGACGGUACUGAAAUGAAGUUAGCGAGCGCUGGUCAUUGUAUGCGUUUUGAUCCAAGUAAUCCGGAAAUUUUUUUGGUUGGAACCGAUGAGGGACUAAUUUACAAAUGCUCCACUUCUAACAGCUCAAAAUAUUUAUUCACUUACAAAGCUCAUUAUAUGGCUGUUUAUCAAAUUGAUUUUAAUCGUUAUAAUUCCAAAAUAUUUAUAUCGUGUGGCGCUGAUUGGCGUAUCAAAAUUUGGGAAGAUAUGCGACAUGAACCACUAUUUAUAUAUGAUUUAGGCUCAUCUGUUGGUGAUGUCAAGUGGGCACCUUAUUCGAGUACCGUGUUCGCAGCUGUAACCACAAUGGGAAAAGUUUUCGUAUACGAUUUAAAUGUCAACAGAAACACACCAGCUUGUUCUCAACUUUUAGUACCAAAACGAAAAAAUAAGUUAACUACGUUGGUCUUCAAUGAAAAAUUGCCGUUUUUAAUAGUUGGGGAUGUUAAUGGCACAAUUAUUUCACUGAAAAUCUCCCCCAACCUACGUAUAAUGGUCAAGCCACCGAAAAAACAAUUGUACUUGACUCAGCAUUACUUACAGACGCAAAAACUGGAAAAACUUUUGACGACUGUACGUGAACUUGAAGGUUGUGCCGAAGCCGCUGCAGCUGCGCCUCCUAAACCUUAAUAUUUCGCGGAUUAAAAUUAUAAAUUAAAUUAAAAAUCUUAUUGUUACAAUAAAAGAUUUGAUCUAUAUUAUAUUGGAGGUCUUGACUUCUAUCGACUUU